GUUGAAGAUGGGAAUUUAAAGGUUCAUAGUUUUCAUUUGAUUUUUAGAUCAAUCCAUUGUAAUGUAUUGGUAAUAACUUUCCACAUUGAUGAUGAUUGAUGUGAUUGGUGGUGAACCCAAUGUCUGGAAUCGUUCGGAAUCCUUCGGACGAUCACUUCGAAAAAAUCUCACUUGAGCUGAGCUUCUGAACAAUGGCGUCGUCCUACAACAAUAGCAUCCCAAUUGCAGUUUCGGACGGAGAGUCCGACGAGCUCGCCGGUAGAAUAAAGGCAAGAGUCCGGCGGAAGCGCACGAGGCCGGCGAACAGAGGCCAGAACCGGUUUUCUCGACGAGUCGUCCAUCUGAUUCUGAAAUGGUGGCAUGUCCCUCUCAUCCUUCUAGCUGCCGGACUCCUGAUCCUCGAGGCUUCACGCAUCGGAGGGAGAUCCGGUACUCGGAUUCGGAGAGAUUCUGAUCCGAAGAAGCAGGUUGGCACCGUCGUGAGAAAACCCCCUGAAAACUUGGAUCGGCUAGAUCAAGUAACUCGUGUUCGUGGUGGAGUUAGAGAGCGUUGCUUGAAGCUCUUGCCUCCUGAAGAACUCGAGCAACUGGAUUUUCCAACUGGAAAUGCGCAUGUUGAAUCUAUUAAAAGGGUGGUAUACGUAUCAGCAGAUGUUAAUGAACAUCAUCUUGAAGGAGGGAAUCUGACACAAAUUCAACAAUUCUCUGAAUCAACAAGGUUUAAUUUAUUCACAGGAGGCCAAUCUCUUGAGCAAAGAGAUGAAAGCUUUAAGGUUAAUGAAACAGCUAUUGUCAACUGUGGCUUUUACAGUGAGGCGGGAGGGUUUAAAAUUUCUGAAGAAGACAAACAGUAUAUGCAAUCUUGCAAGGCCGUGGUGUCAACAUGCACAUUUGGCGGUGGAGAUAAUCUUUACGAACCAAUAGGAAUGUCAGAGUCAUCCCUCAAGAAGGUCUGUUAUGUGGCAUUUUGGGAUGAAAUCACACUGGCAGCACAACAGGCAGAGGGUCGUACUGUUGGUGGUGACCAUUAUAUUGGGAAGUGGCGUGUUAUACUCGUUAAAAACCUGCCUUUUAGGGACCAAAGAUUGAAUGGAAAAAUCCCAAAGAUGCUUCCACACCGGCUCUUUCCAAAUGCUAGAUUUUCCAUAUGGGUAGACUCAAAGUCCCAGUUCAGGAGGGACCCAAUGGGUGUGUUUGAAUCCCUACUUUGGCGUUCAAAUUCUGUACUGGCAAUCUCAGAACACGGGGCUCGCAGCAGUGUAUAUGAUGAGGCAAAAGCUGUUGUCAGAAAAAACAAGGCCACCCCAGAGGAGGUGGAGGUACAACUAACUCAGUAUCGCCACGAUGGUCUCCCCGAGGAUAAGAGAUUCAAUGGGAAGAAAGCUCUUGCUGAAGCGUCGAUAAUCGUGAGAGAGCACAAUCCGACCACCAACGUGUUCAUGUGUCUUUGGUUUAACGAGGUGGUCCGGUACACGUCACGCGAUCAACUGAGUUUCCCAUAUGUUCUGUGGAGAAGGCUCAAGGUGAUGAAGAAUGGCAUAAACAUGUUCCCUGUUUGCACCCGAAAGGAUCUUGUAAAUAGCAUUGGUCAUGUUCGCAAAGCAAAACCUCUACUCACAAGCUGAUUACUUUGUUCGGAUUUCAUUUGAUUUUUACUGACCAGCUGGUGUCUUUUUUUUUUCUUUUCAUUUUUGUGAAGGGUCUAGCAUGUGCCAAGGGUUCAAUUACUAUGUAUCUGUUUUUUUCUCAAGUUCAGUUAAUUUAUGCAUUUUUAGCUAACAUUUUAACUAAUUUUCAGUUGAAUGUUAGUCUUUUGGUAGUGGGAUCAAAUUCUAGCUCAUUUUAAUUUUUCACUUUUUGGCAGUCUUCCUAAAAUAAUAUCGCUUUUCAAAU